UAAAAACCAGUUUGCCCAAAAUUUCGACAAUAAAUUCACUAGAGUUCACUCAUAGCAUUUGGGGUUGAUCAAGAAAGGAUUUAUUUUAAAACAUCGAAUCAGGACAGGACAGCAUAUAAAAAGAUUCAAACAGGUUUUUAAGCAGUUAAAGUGACAAUCAAACAGUGGAACAAAGAGCACCCUGUAGGCCACUUUGUAUCACAAACUAACCUGGUGUGGAUUUUACGACAGGUUAUUGUGGCCUAUGUUUGCUCUAGUUUCUUUUCAGAUCAUCUCUGGCAAACAUGAAAAUCAACGCACUCAUUUUGCUAUUUAGUUUCAGCUGGACUCUCGCUGCUUCCCGAAAGCAUCACAAAAAAAAGCAAAAGCAACCAAAAGUCAUUCGAUAUCAGUACAACUAUGGUGGAAGUCGCUACCCCGUUCAAAAUCGUUAUCCGAGCCAACCGACACAGCGACCAGCUGUUUACGAAACGAAUUGGCAUCGUUUUCCCAUCGAUCUUUCAAAGAUCAAUAUCAAGCCAGACGAAUGUGUGAACGACUUGCCAAAUGGACAAUGUAAAUACAACCGCCAACACAGUUACUGCAGCUAUUAUUUUUAUAACAUGCUGGACAACUGCCCUCUGGCUUGCAGAUUUUGUGCAAAGCAACAAGAACCAAAGACGAAAGCUAAGUGCGAAGACAAAGAUUACGAGUGCCCAGGUUGGGCAAAUCAAGGAGAUUGUCUUCGUUUUCCAGACUACAUGAAACAGAACUGUAACGCAAGUUGCAUGUUGUGUGACAAAGAUGCUGAAAAAGCAGUGAAGUUCGAUGGGGACACAUUGUGCCCAGCAUGGGGAAGCGUUGGUUACUGUUCCGUGAGCAAAGAUGUCAGAGAAAUAUGUCCUCACAGCUGCGAUGUUUACGAAAAUAGGAAACUGAAACACGGACUUAACACGGAUUAUAAAAAGGCUUUCUAUUAUCUGCCAUUCUAUAUGUACUACGAAUCUACAACACUAAGACAGCCUCUACCCACGAUUCCCCCAACCCAAUACCCACCGACAGUUACGCCGUUAAUUCCUACUCUACCACCGCACUAUACUGCACUACCACCAACCUACCCGUUUAGACCUUCCACCCCCUGGCCUGGAUCAACACCAACCCCGCCUCCUCAGCAACUAACCACCCCUGGACACAAACCAAGCCAACCACCAACUCCACCUCCUCAGGAACAAAGCACCGCAGGGCACAAACCAAGCCAAACACCCACCCCACCUCCUCAGGAAUUAACAACAGCAGGACAUAGGCCAAGCCAAAGACCCACCGAACCCCCUCAAAAACCAGGAACAACAUCAACCCCACCAAACUCUUCCCCAAGACCACCUCCGACAGGAAACACACCAAGGCCAUCAAUCCAACCACCAAAUCGCCCUACGCCCCAACCUCAACCCUCAUCCCAACCAACUCAACCGUCAAUGCCUCAAUCACCAAGUGAAAAUCCAUUACCGAAUAACCCCCCACCAACCCAACCACCAGGCCAACCCCAAAACCAGCCACAAACGCAACCUGAAACGAACCCUGAAACUCAACCCCAACCUGAAACUCAACCCCAACCUGAAACGAACCCUGAAACUCAACCUGAAUACCCACUUCCACCACCUCCGCCCCAACCUCAAACUCAACAACAACCUCAAACGCAACCUGAAUACCCAUCUCCACCCCCACCUCCGCCCCAACCUCAAACUCAACCACAACCUCAAACCCAACCUCAAUACCCACCUCCAGCACCGCCACCUCCGCCCCAACCCCAAACUCAACAGCAACCUCAAACUCAAUAUCCAGCCCCACCCCCACCUCCACCACCACCCCCACCCCCACCUCAAGCCCAAGCUCAAGCCCAACCCCAACCUCAAGCCCAACCCCAACCUCAAGCCCAACCUCAACCUCAACCCCAACCUCAACCUCAACCCCAACCUCAACCUCAACCCAAUAAUCAACCGCAAUACCCAUACUUUGUUUACUAUCAACGGCGUCAGCGUUAA